AUGAGAACGAUGACCCUGCUAUCGCACCACACUCUGCUCCGCGGUGCCAGCGUACGCGAGAUCACGCUCGCCGACAUCUUUCUGUACCGCCUUGCUAGCGGGUCGUCGGUGAACCCUGACAACCGGCCAAUGGUCAUGGUCAUCGAGCAGCGCAACUCGAAGACGUGCAAGGACGCCCGUCUUCAUCACAGCUACGCGGCGAGGCACUUAGAGGCGGAACUGUAUGUUGUGGGCGAUACAAUCCUCUGGCUGCACUUCAUCUACGACCAGGUCCCCCAGAUCUUCGGCGUCCCCAUAAUUCCGCCGCUGGACGUACGCCGACCGGAGCUCUGGUACAACAAGCAUCUCUUCUUCGCCCGCUACGACAAGGAUCAGGGUUUGCUGCCGUCGUCGAGCCAGCAACGAAUCACUCGGCAGCUGUGGACGGCCAACAAGGUUUUCAUCAAGCGCAACGUGCACGCCGCUCGCGCCGGCAGGGCAGAAGAGUUGGCUGACCAAGGCACGCCGCGCGCCGAGAUAGCCGAAUUGGGUCACUGGGCUAUUGACAAGAUGACGAGGAGUUACAUCACUUCAAUUCCAGUCGGGGUGGUGAUGAGGAAGGCCGGCUACUCCGGAGCCCGAAGCGACUACUUCCUGGGCCGCAACAGGCUACCUCCCAGCGCAGACCUCGAAAAAACCAUCGCCGCGCACAUAUUUCCCGGCGUCGAGGAACAGUUGGGGGCGGCGUGGGCGAAGGACAUCGAGAAGAUUGACACCGAGACGAUCGCCAAGCACCGGUCGCCGAUCCCGACCCAGCCAGCUAUGAAGGUGGAGAAGGAGCUCGAGGAGGCGCGUGCUGCUAUCGCGGCGAGGGACGCCGAGAUCUCCCGGCUCAUGGAGGAGCUCAAGAUCUCCGAGGCACGUAGGGCGCCAGCGCCACAGGCGCCUUCUAGGCCGACGACCCUGGAAGAGGAGGCAGCUGCGGCCGCUAAGCAAGCUCAGUUGGACGCCGACGCUCACUACGAGGCCCUGGUUGUGAACCCAUGGAGAAAGGUCGAGACUGUGGCAGAGGCCUGGCGCUUCUGGAACUGCCCCACCACCACGGACCGCCGGCAUCUCUGCGACAGGAUCAACGAGCCAGGUUUCAUCGGGCGGCACAGCCUCCUGGGCAAGUCGUCGGCCAGCGCAAAACGGGGUGAGAUGCGCCGAAUGAGGAGGGCGAUGGAGGCCGUGCGCCGCUUCCGUUCGUCAGACGGAGAGGCCGACACCGCCGCCGUCAUCAAGAAACUCGACGAGCUCGCUGCGUCGGGAAUUGUGACCUUCUGCGAUGCUCUGAAGAUCAUCGACGCCGAUACGCUUCCGAUACGCACGGAGGGGAACCUGGGCAUCAAGGGGCUUUCUAAGGGUGAAAAGCCCAAGCUGACGGUUGCUUGGGGACUGGUGGCGGCGGGAUACAUGACGCACAAGUGGGGCGAGGACAUGUUCCCAACCACGUGGGAAGAGCAGAAAGCUGUGGCGGCCCAAACGGCCGCGGAGCAGGCCGCUGCUAGACCGCCGCCGCUGCCGACGAAGACGUCCAAGCGUCGGAAGCCGGGCUGA